CAUGCUGCCCUCUACGCCGUAUUACCGCUAGACACUGUAUGAUAUCCAGAUCCAUGAAUGGUUUCAAAACAACAAUGGAACUCCGUGCGUGCAGUGCACUUCUACCUGUAUAGUGUAAGAUCGGCCCACUAUUUUAUUCAACAAUAACAAACGUGAAAACAAACAAGACUAAAAUGGCGUCCUUCAUUAGAAACCGUGCAUUCGCUCUCCUCUUAAUCACCAGCACGGUUCUAUUACUGCUACUCCUUGCCUUUGAACACCACAUACAGCGGGCAGUGUCCACUGUAUCAGGGAGAGUACUUGGUUUAUCUCACACCUAUAUCAAUCAACCUACAGAUAAGAGACCGCCACAUAUCGUGUUCAUACUAGCCGAUGAUUAUGGUUUCAAUGACAUCGGGUACCGAAAUCCAGCAAUGAGGACUCCAAACUUAGAUUACCUCGCUUCUGAAGGGGUCAAAUUGGAUAAUUAUUAUGUUCAGCCGAUAUGCACACCAUCGCGGGCUCAACUGAUGAGCGGGAAAUAUCAAAUUCACACGGGUCUACAGCAUUCUAUUAUCUGGCCAGCUCAACCAAACUGUUUACCCCUAGACAUCACUACCCUCCCCCAGAAGUUGAAGCAAGCUGGAUAUGCCACCCACAUGGCAGGAAAAUGGCAUCUUGGCUUUUACAAGAAAGAAUGCUGGCCGACAAACAGAGGAUUCGACUCAUUUCUUGGUAUAUUGCUUGGAAAGGGCGAUCAUUUCCUACACACCGAGGCGGGCAGUGGUACGCCUUACCCUUCAACCUGGAAAUGGGAGGGGCUCGAUUUCAGGGACGGUCUACAAUCAACAAAUGCCUAUUCAGGGAUCUACUCAACACAUGUAAUCUCGAAACGGGUAGAACAUAUCAUCGAAAACCACGAAAAGGACAAGCCAUUGUUCUUGUACGUGUCGUUUCAAGCAGUGCACACCCCUCUUCAGGUUCCCAAAAGCUACCUCAAACCAUUUGAGUCAGAAAUUAAGAAUAAGAAAAGACGAAUCUACGCAGGAAUGACGUACUGCAUGGAUGAAGCCGUUGGGAAUAUCACAGAGGCUCUGAAGAACCAUGGAUUGUGGGAUGACACCGUAUUAGUAUUUUCAUCUGAUAAUGGUGGACGGAUUGAUAGCGGAGCCAGCAACUGGCCACUCCGAGGUUCCAAGACCACGCUUUGGGAAGGAGGUGUCCGUGCCGUGGGCUUUGUUACCAGUCCACUUCUCUCCGACAAAAUGAAAGGGACAGUCAGUCGAGAACUGAUCGAUAUAAGCGACUGGUACCCAACUCUAAUAGGAGGUGUGGCUGGAGUGACGCUCAAUGGAUCAGAAUUGGAUGGAUUCAACAUUUGGGAAACCUUGAGUAAUGGAAAACCGUCCCCCAGAGUGGAGCUAUUACAUAACAUCGACCCUCUCAUCACGCCACCUUCAACUUGGUCCAAUGAAACUACCGCUAACCCUAAAAACACUUUCUCAACCAGAACAUAUGCUGCACUGCGACACAGGGAUUGGAAGAUUAUCACUGGAUAUCAAAAAGUCAACAACGGAUGGUACUCACCAGCCGAAUCAAGCGAGCCAUCCAUCGCUUCUGAGAUCAAACCAGGAAAAUCAGUCUGGUUGUUCAACAUCACCAACGAUCCUAAAGAGAUCCAUGACCUGUCCGACCAUGAACCAAAGAUAGUGAACUUUCUUCUAGAGAGGUUAAAGGUAUAUCAAUCUGGAGCGAGCCCGGUGCGGUACCCGGAUAUUGAUAUGGAUGCGAACCCUGCCCGACAUGGCGGCGUCUGGGACAGUUGGGAAUAAAACCACAUCAGGCCAUGGGUCCUACAAAAAAUAUAUACAAUCAAUAUGUAUUAUCAGUGGCUGCAAUUUUAUAAAAAAAACUGUUUCAAAAUAAUGAAAUGAAUAUCGUGAUAUUCUUAAGACAUUUAAAGUGUGUUUUUUAUCACUAAUUUUUUGUGAAGUUUAUAUUUUCUUUUGAUAUGUGGAGCUUUUUGAUCGAUUUGUUCUGACUAUUCUCUUUGAAACAUAGGGUUAUGGGUUCGAAUCCCAGAUGAGGGAAAUGGGUACCCUGUAGCCUACCUAAAGCGCCUUUUCAGCAGGUGGAGCUUAAGCGGUGAUUAUAUAGAGUCGCCAUUGAAUAUGCAUUGGUGCCUCAUAAUGCUAACAUUGUUCCCUUCAUACAAUUUUGAACAUACAAAUUCAUAAUUUUUAACAAUACACAAAAAUACAUCGUGCGUCAUAGGCCUUAAGUCGGCCUAUGUUUGAUUGUGUGUGUGUGUGUUGUUUUUUUUUGGGGGGUGGUGGCAGGCAAGGGAGGAAAUCUCUCCCAAAAGGUAGGGGGCGAGGGGCUGGAAAGUUUGACAAGCAAAAAAAAAGGUUAUUACCCCAAAUUUAAGGUCAAUUCGACGAAAUUAAA